AUGACGUCUCCCCGGGUCCCGCCGUCUCUUCCGGAGUUACCGGAGCGGAAUGAUGGAUACUGCGAGGUCCAAUACUGGGACCAGCGCUACCGGAACGCUGCCAACUCUGCUCCCUACGAGUGGUUCGGAGACUUCUCCUCCUUCCGUGCCCUUCUGGAGUCAGAGCUGCGACCAGAGGACCGGAUCCUCGUGCUAGGCUGUGGGAACAGUGCCCUGAGCUAUGAACUAUUCCUCGGAGGCUUCCCUGAUGUGACUAGUGUGGACUACUCAUCAGUAGUGGUGGCCGCCAUGAGGGCUCGCUAUGCCCAUGUGCCCAAGCUGCGCUGGGAGACCAUGGAUGUACGGGCACUGGACUUCCCCAGUGGUUCCUUCGACGUGGUGCUUGAGAAGGGCACACUAGAUGCCUUGCUGGCUGGGGAACGGGAUCCCUGGACGGUGUCCUCUGAAGGUGUCCACACUUUGGACCAGGUGCUAAGUGAGAUGGUGGAAUACAAACGGGCCACGCUUCAGGAUGAAGAUGCACCCGAGACCCCCAUAGAGGACGGCGUCUCUCCGGAUGCCUUGGAGGUGGGCUUCCGGAAAGGAACAAGACAUGUCUUAGGCUCACACACACAGAUUGAGCUGAUCUUGGCAGGUGUCUCUCUGUUGCUGGCUGCACUGCUUCUAGGCUGCCUUGUGGCCCUGGGGGUCCAGUAUCACAGAGACCCAUCCCACAGCACCUGCCUCACAGAAGCCUGCAUUCGAGUGGCUGGAAAAAUCUUGGAGUCCUUGGACCGUGGAGUAAGCCCCUGUGAAGACUUUUACCAGUUCUCCUGUGGGGGCUGGAUUCAGAAAAACCCCCUGCCAGAUGGGCGUUCUCGCUGGAACACCUUCAACAGUCUCUGGGACCAGAACCAGGCCAUACUGAAGCACCUGCUGGAAAACACUACCUUCAACUCGAGCAGUGAAGCUGAACGGAAGACUCAGCGCUUCUACCUGUCCUGCCUGCAUGUGGAACGCAUUGAGGAGCUGGGCGCUCAGCCACUGCGAGACCUCAUUGAAAAGAUUGGUGGGUGGAACAUUACGGGGCCCUGGGACAAAGGCAACUUCAUGGAUGUGCUGAAGUCAGUGGCAGGAACCUACAGAGCCACUCCCUUCUUUACUGUCUAUAUCAGUGCCGACUCCAAGAGCUCCAACAGCAAUGUUAUUCAGGUGGAUCAGUCUGGGCUCUUUCUGCCCUCUCGAGAUUACUAUCUAAACAAGACUGCCAAUGAGAAAGUGCUCACCGCCUACCUGAACUAUAUGGAGGAGCUAGGGGUGCUGCUGGGUGGACAGUCAGCCUCCACGCGGGAACAGAUGCAACAAGUGCUGGAGCUGGAGAUACAAUUAGCCAACAUCACCGUACCCCAGGACCAGCGCCGUGACGAGGAGAAGAUCUAUCAUAAGAUGAGCAUCGCUGAGCUGCAGGUCCUGGCGCCUUCCAUGAACUGGCUAGAGUUCCUGUCUUUCUUGCUGUCACCACUGGAACUCAGUGACUCGGAGCCUGUGGUGGUGUAUGGGAUGGAUUAUUUGCAGCAAGUGUCAGAGCUCAUCAACCACACAGAACCGAGUGUCCUGAACAAUUACCUAAUCUGGAACCUGGUGCAGAAAACAACCUCAAGCCUGGACCGGCGCUUUGAGUCUGCACAAGAGAAGCUGCUGGAGACCCUUUAUGGAACAAAGCAGUCCUGCAUGCCGAGGUGGCAGACCUGCAUCUCCAACACAGAUGACGCCCUUGGCUUUGCUCUGGGUUCCUUAUUUGUGAAGGCCACAUUUGACCGGCAAAGCAAGGAAAUUGCUGAGGGGAUGAUCAGUGAGAUCCGUACAGCCUUUGAGGAGGCCCUGGAACAGCUGGUGUGGAUGGAUGAGAAGACGCGCCUGGCAGCCAAAGAGAAAGCAGAUGCUAUCUAUGACAUGAUUGGCUUCCCGGACUUCAUCCUGGAACCCAAAGAGCUGGAUGAUAUUUAUGACGGGUAUGAAGUCUCUGAAGACUCCUUCUUCCAGAACAUGCUGAAUUUGUACAACCUCUCUGCUAAGGUUAUGGCUGACCAGCUCCGCAAGCCUCCCAGCCGGGACCAGUGGAGCAUGACCCCCCAGACAGUGAAUGCCUACUAUCUUCCAACCAAGAAUGAGAUUGUCUUCCCUGCUGGCAUCCUACAGGCCCCCUUCUAUGCUCGCAACCACCCCAAGGCCCUGAACUUUGGUGGCAUCGGUGUGGUGAUGGGCCAUGAGUUGACACAUGCCUUUGAUGACCAAGGACGUGAGUAUGACAAGGAAGGGAACCUGCGGCCUUGGUGGCAGAAUGAGUCCCUGGCGGCCUUCCGGAACCACACAGCCUGCAUGGAGGAGCAGUACAGUCAAUACCAGGUCAACGGCGAGAGGCUCAACGGCCGCCAGACAUUGGGGGAGAACAUCGCUGACAACGGGGGGCUUAAGGCUGCCUAUAAUGCUUACAAAGCGUGGCUGAGAAAGCACGGGGAGGAACAGCAGCUACCAGCCGUGGGGCUCACCAACCACCAGCUCUUCUUUGUGGGAUUUGCCCAGGUGUGGUGCUCGGUCCGCACACCAGAGAGCUCUCACGAGGGGCUGGUGACCGACCCCCACAGCCCUGCCCGCUUCCGCGUGUUGGGCUCUCUCUCCAACUCCCGUGACUUCCUGCGGCACUUCGGCUGCCCUGUCGGCUCCCCCAUGAACCCAGGGCAGCUGUGUGAGGUGUGGUAGACCUGGGUGGGGGAGAAAUGGUCAUCUGGCCCCGGGGUCUGAGGCAGCAGGCCUGGUGAGGCUGUUUGUUCUGGGACUAGGAGAAGGCAAAUGCAGGUUGGGCUGUGCCCAGCCCCUCCGCACUAUAGGUGACAUGAGCCCCAGUUCCUCCAACCACCACAUUGUGCCUCUGCUUUGGGGGUGUCCCUGCCUCCAGCAGAGCCCCCACUAUUCACUGUGACAUCCUUCCAUGUCACCUAGACUGGGUAUCUAUAUGAAGGAGACCUGGAAGUGGUGGUGGGGAGCUCACCAGCUUCCAUAGGAAAGAGCCCACCUCUUCUGGUGCCUGGCUCACUCAGCUUGGUGGCUAUGGGGCUUGCCGUGCCUGCCCGCUCUGACCACACAGAGCCUGGGUGGUGGGCCUCCCAGACAUCUCCCUCAGAAGAAGCUCGCUCAGUGCUCACUUGGGAGUGGACUCAGCUAACUAGAACCCCAGCUCAGGGGCAGCACCCCACCAUAUACCCCAUGCUGCUGCUUCCAAUACUGCUGCCACCCCUCACUGACAAACAAAUUGUGCUCAGUUCUUAGUGGAAGUCUGAGGGCCUAUAAAAACCACCCUUCUGCCUCCCUGCUUCCUGGGAUGCAUAGGGCAUGCUGGGACAAGUCUUGGGAUGACACAUGUUCCCUGGACCAACAAAGCAAGCAGAUAAAGCAGCAAGUGGGAAGGACAGAAUUUAUUUUCACAGGGAAGAGGGUGGACAGGGAGUGGUCAUGGCUUAUAGGACCCUUUGCCAAUAAAUAGACACGCAUC